UCGCCGAUAAGUCACGGGGGCGCCGCUCACCUGACCAGGGUCUCACGUGGCCAGCCCCCUCCGAGAGGGGAGACCAGCGGGCCAUGACAAGCUCCAGGCUUUGGUUUUCGCUGCUGCUGGCGGCAGCGUUCGCAGGACGGGCGACGGCCCUCUGGCCCUGGCCUCAGAACAUCCAAACCUCCGACCAGCGCUACGUCCUUUACCCGAACAACUUUCAAUUCCAGUACGAUGUCAGCUCGGCCGCGCAGCCCGGCUGCUCAGUCCUCGACGAGGCCUUCCAGCGCUAUCGUGACCUGCUUUUCGGUUCCGGGUCUUGGCCCCGUCCUUACCUCACAGGGAAACGGCAUACACUGGAGAAGAAUGUGUUGGUUGUCUCUGUAGUCACACCUGGAUGUAACCGGCUUCCUACUUUGGAGUCAGUGGAGAAUUAUACCCUGACCAUAAAUGAUGACCAGUGUUUACUCCUCUCUGAGACUGUCUGGGGAGCUCUCCGAGGUCUGGAGACUUUUAGCCAGCUUGUUUGGAAAUCUGCUGAGGGCACAUUCUUUAUCAACAAGACUGAGAUUGAGGACUUUCCCCGCUUUCCUCACCGGGGCUUGCUGUUGGAUACAUCUCGCCAUUACCUGCCACUCUCUAGCAUCCUGGACACUCUGGAUGUCAUGGCGUACAAUAAAUUGAACGUGUUCCACUGGCAUCUGGUAGAUGAUCCUUCCUUCCCAUAUGAGAGCUUCACUUUUCCAGAGCUCAUGAGAAAGGGGUCCUACAACCCUGUCACCCACAUCUACACAGCACAGGAUGUGAAGGAGGUCAUUGAAUACGCACGGCUCCGGGGUAUCCGUGUGCUUGCGGAGUUUGACACUCCUGGCCACACUUUGUCCUGGGGACCAGGUAUCCCUGGAUUACUGACUCCUUGCUACUCUGGGUCUGAGCCCUCUGGCACCUUUGGACCAGUGAAUCCCAGUCUCAACAAUACCUAUGAGUUCAUGAGCACAUUCUUCUUAGAAGUCAGCUCUGUCUUCCCAGAUUUUUAUCUUCAUCUUGGAGGAGAUGAGGUUGAUUUCACCUGCUGGAAGUCCAACCCAGAGAUCCAGGACUUUAUGAGGAAGAAAGGCUUCGGUGAGGACUUCAAGCAGCUGGAGUCCUUCUACAUCCAGACGCUGCUGGACAUCGUCUCUUCUUAUGGCAAGGGCUAUGUGGUGUGGCAGGAGGUGUUUGAUAAUAAAGUAAAGAUUCAGCCAGACACAAUCAUACAGGUGUGGCGAGAGGAUAUUCCAGUGAACUAUAUGAAGGAGCUGGAACUGGUCACCAAGGCCGGCUUCCGGGCCCUUCUGUCUGCCCCCUGGUACCUGAACCGUAUAUCCUAUGGCCCUGACUGGAAGGAUUUCUACGUAGUGGAACCCCUGGCAUUUGAAGGUACCCCUGAGCAGAAGGCUCUGGUGAUUGGUGGAGAGGCUUGUAUGUGGGGAGAAUAUGUGGACAACACAAACCUGGUCCCCAGGCUCUGGCCCAGAGCAGGGGCUGUUGCCGAAAGGCUGUGGAGCAACAAGUUGACAUCUGACCUGACAUUUGCCUAUGAACGUUUGUCACACUUCCGCUGUGAGUUGCUGAGGCUGCAAGGGAGACGAACGUGUCUGAGGCUCAGGGACUCGGCGGCCAGCUGCCUGACGUCACCAAGCACGGGGGCUGGGGCUCGGGGCUCGGCUCUGGGAGAGCUCGGGCGGGAGCCCAGAGAGAGCCGCACGGGGACCUCAAGCCAGACCCCAGCGUUCAGCCGCCACCUCGGCCCGGGCCCGCCCCGCCCCGGCCCCGCCCCUUUCCUGCCCGCCCCACCCCCUCUACGCCCCUCCACCCGGACCCCGCCCCCUGGGCAGCCCCCCGCCCUCUCCGCCCGGGCUCCGCCCCCUCCCCCUGGCCCCCGCCACCGGUCCAGGGAGGGGACGGCGGGACAGGCGGGACCAGUGGGACCGGCGGGAGGGCUGACAGGGCGGGGACAUGGCCGCGGCGCCGGGAGGGUCAGCGCAGCCCGCUGGCCCCGGCCCGCGCCUGGGUUUCAGCACCGCGGACAGCGGCGUCGGCAUGAGCGGGCUAAACCCCGGUCCCGCCGUACCCAUGAAGGACCACGACGCCAUCAAGCUCUUCGUGGGGCAGAUCCCGCGGGGCUUGGACGAGCAGGACCUCAAGCCGCUGUUCGAGGAGUUCGGCCGCAUCUACGAGCUGACGGUGCUGAAGGACCGGCUCACCGGCCUCCACAAAGGCUGUGCCUUCCUCACCUACUGCGCCCGGGACUCUGCUCUCAAGGCCCAGAGUGCACUGCACGAGCAGAAGACCCUGCCAGGGAGGACCGAAAGCUGUUUGUGGGGAUGCUGGGCAAGCAGCAGGGUGAGGAGGACGUCAGACGCCUGUUCCAGCCCUUUGGCCACAUCGAGGAGUGCACGGUCCUGCGGAGUCCUGACGGCACCAGUAAAGGCUGUGCCUUUGUGAAGUUCGGGAGUCAAGGGGAAGCUCAGGCGGCCAUCCAGGGUCUGCACGGCAGCCGGACCAUGGCGGGCGCCUCGUCCAGCCUCGUGGUCAAGCUGGCGGACACCGACCGGGAGCGCGCGCUGCGGCGGAUGCAGCAGAUGGCCGGCCACCUGGGCGCCUUCCACCCCGCGCCACUGCCGCUAGGGGCCUGCGGCGCCUACACCACGGCGAUCCUGCAGCACCAGGCGGCCCUGCUGGCGGCGGCACAGGGCCCAGGCCUAGGCCCGGUGGCGGCAGUGGCGGCCCAGAUGCAACACGUGGCGGCCUUUAGCCUGGUAGCUGCGCCUCUGUUGCCCGCGGCAGCAGCCAACUCCCCGCCUGGCAGCGGCCCUGGCACCCUCCCAGGUCUUCCGGCGCCCAUCGGGGUCAAUGGAUUCGGCCCUCUGACCCCCCAGACCAAUGGCCAGCCGGGCUCCGACACGCUCUACAAUAACGGGCUCUCCCCUUACCCAGCCCAGAGCCCCGGCGUGGCUGACCCCCUGCAGCAGGCCUACGCUGGGAUGCACCACUACGCAGCAGCCUAUCCGUCGGCCUAUGCCCCAGUGAGCACAGCUUUUCCCCAGCAGCCUUCAGCCCUGCCCCAGCAGCAGAGAGAAGGCCCUGAAGGCUGUAACCUCUUCAUCUAUCACCUGCCUCAGGAGUUUGGUGAUGCGGAACUCAUACAGACAUUCCUGCCCUUUGGAGCCGUUGUCUCUGCUAAAGUCUUUGUGGAUCGAGCCACCAACCAGAGCAAGUGUUUUGGGUUUGUUAGUUUUGACAAUCCAGCUAGUGCCCAGACUGCUAUUCAGGCGAUGAAUGGCUUUCAAAUUGGCAUGAAGAGGCUCAAGGUCCAGCUAAAGCGGCCCAAGGAUGCCAACCGGCCUUACUGACCUGCUUUCACUGACCAGCCACAGAAAGAAACAGAAGAGUGAGAAGAAAGGAGAGGAAAAGCACAGAAACGCUUGAGCAGCCCUUCCCGAAGGAGCAGCUGUGGACGGAGGUGGAUCGGACCCAAGGCUGGUGCCUGGGGCUAAGGCCACUCUAAGGAUUGUUUUUAUCAAGUGGGUUGUUCUGUGCCUGCAGCAUAGAGCGCAGGCUGGCAGAGCAAAUAGGGCUGGUGAGGAGUGACUGUCCAGGGGAACCAGCAGAGGGCGUUGGGGGUGCCAAGGGCUUCUCCGCAAGGGAAGCCCAGAUUUACUUCUUUCAAAAUCAUAUCAUUCCUUAGAGUUUAGGGACCAAAGGACUAUUGCUUUUUUAAGAAUAUAUAUAUCUAUAUAAAUUAAAACAAAGAAACAAACAAACAAAAAACAAGACAAACAACUACAAAAAAAGACAGUAUAGAGUCUCAUAAAAGCUGCCUUUAACUAUCCCUAGGAGACAGGGUGAAGGAGACCCUUGACAGCCCCAGCCUAGGCAGAUGGGGGCUGUGGAAAGAUUGUUCUGUGUCUCAUUCCCUCUUAAGCCACUCCCCCACCCUGCCCUUUUAAAAAUAAUUAAGGAUUUGAGGUCUAGGCUCACAUGCAGGUAAUGAGAACGUUAUGGAAGCAGUGAACCCACAAUCCACAAUCCCCAAACUCAGAGUGCAUCCCAGAAGAGGCCCCAGGCAGAGCUCAGGUUGGCCCUGGCCUUUGCCAUCCCGGGAGGCCCCCUAGCCAGCAAGAGUGGGACUGCCUUUCCUGUGGAACCACUGCUUCCCCAGGCGGGAAGAAAGAGGGAGUUCUGGCCACCUGAGCCUUUCCCUUGCCAAUCCAGGUAGACAGAGGCCCUGCCUUUGGCUGAGCUGAGACACCUCCUGUUUCCCUUCCCCUUGAACCAGUCCCAGUGUCCCCUUGCUCCAGGCUACCUUCUGUCUCUUAGUCUAAGUUUGCCCACCUGUAAAGUAGAUUCAGGAUAUCUGUAGAGGGCUGUGACAACAGACUUGGAAGGUUUGCUACUGUAUAUACUGCCAUUGAGAAGGGGAAAUUUUUCAAUAUGUAGAAGCUUCAGAAUUAGAGGUCCCUCUUUACCCCAGACCUGGGAGGGAAGUAGAUGUUUUGCCAAAAUACUUCUUCAUUCCUUUAAAAACUACAUCUUUCCUAUGCAAGAGUGUCUCACAUGUGCUUAACCGAGGUGCUUCUAGUUGGUGAGCAGUGUUGAGCUUAGAAGUGGUGUGUGCUCUGUCUGUCUGUCUUUGUCUGUCUGUUGUAUACAGUGGGUGCCAUAUAAAGCUGAUCAAUGGUGGUGCUUCCUGCCUGCUUCUGUGAGAUGGGCAAAAGAUUCAGCUUAGAACACCAUGACUCACCUUGCCUUGGUCAGCCUUUCCUGGGCCUGUAGGGCCUUGCACAUAUUUUUCCCAGGAGGAUUUCCCCUCCACCCCACAGGCAUGGAUCAGCUUAGUCCGAGGCCCCAGCUGUGUGGGGUCCCUCUAAUCCCCAGAUGUUGCUGAGGCUGAAGGCCUCUGAUCUGAUAACAUGUCAGAUAGUAAAAGAUGUGGGGGUGGGGGUGGAGGGCUCCUCCUUCAUAACAGUUUCUAAGAAAACUUGUUCCCACCUGUU